AUGCGCAGCACACUGCCUCUCUUGUCUCGCACGCAGCCCGCCGCGCCUUCGACAGCUACACCUCCACAGCCCGUGCCCACCAUCCGCCUGAUCUCCGCUACCCCGUCCAUGACAGCCGAUGCGAGCACGUCCUUCUCCGCCGUCGCACCAUUCGCAUCGUCUCCUCUUGCCCCGCGGGCCGACUCAGAGGCCCCGCGGAAGCGGCUCGUCCCGAAGAAGUCCAAAUUGGGGCUGCUCGGGAGCGGGAAGACGAAAGAGAGGGUGAACAAAGACUUGUCGGACGUCGUGCGUCGCAUCGGCGGGACGACGUCCACGGGGCGGAGCGGGUUCGAGAUCUACGUGGACCACAAUGAGGACCCGGAGAUCGGGGAGAUCGUAGUGGUGAAGAAGAAGAAGUCGCGGCUGGGCCUGGACGGCAUGACCUGGGGCGCGUUGGGCGAGGUGACGAACAUCCCGGCAGCGAAGGAGCAGAAACCUAAGCCCGCGCCCGUGGAGAAUUUGCUGAAGGUGAAGGGGGACGAGAAUCAGAAGUGGUGGAGCAUCGGAAGGGGGCGCAAAGACUCGAAGGAGAAGGCAAAGGCAAAGGAGAGCGAACGCCAGAAAUCGCAAGUCCGUUCUAAGACACCAGAGCCCUUGAAUUCCCUCGACACGCGUGCGCAGUUCAAUUCGUUGGACUCGGGCAUCGUGCUGUCGAGUUCUGCGAGUCAGGAACGUCUGCGACAGCCUUCACCGACGUCGAUCCCAUCGCGUGCUCCAUCUCCGCUGACGGCGGGAGCCACGCUCUCCGCUGUCCCAUCAGACCCCUCCCGCACCACAAAUGGUCUCCUUGCACCAGAGCCCCCUGCAAGCGGUUCCAUCGCGCUCCGCGCCAUCCGGUCAAUGCGGUCCCUGGCACGCAUGGCAAGUUGGGCACAAUUAACCAAUACAAAUAAUGACAUUAACGAAGCAGCUCGCGCGACCGCGCCGAGCAAGACGAAGGCGAAGGAGAAAGAGAAGGAAGCGAAGGAGAAAGGAGAGGGUAAGAAAAAGAAGAAAAAAGAAAAAGAGAAAGAAGCGAAGAAGAAGACGAUCCGGUCAUCGGGUAGCAGUUUCGAGGCGGGCGCGUUGAGUGCGCAAGAAAGCCCCCGGACUGUCAAGCAGGAGAGCCCGGUCAGAACUCUCAGACAUACGAAGCAGAGUGUGCUUGGUCUCGGUUUGCCUUCGACGCUCAGGAUGUCGACCGUUCGUCAAGUCUCUACGGCAUCAUCUUCCUGUGCGGCUCAGCCACCGGCAUCGAACCGUCUGUCGGUGGACUCGGCACAUCUCAUUCUCAACGCGAACGGCCGGCCAUCUUCGGUCCUAUCAAGUGGGUCGUCUCUGUGCCCUCCAUCCACAAUUUCAGGCGGAUCGGUGAUAUCAGGCCGUUCGGGUCGCUCCUCGUCAAGCUCGGUCGUAUCGGUUCGCUGGGACGAGGAGUGCAUUCGCUCUUCUAAAGAGUUGCAGCGGAAGGAGAGAAGGAGCCGGCGAGAACAGGAGGGGGGGAAUACCAGGCGCGAAUCCCGCAAGACAUCCGAUGCAAGGAAGCGCACCCCCAUUUCAGAAAUUUUCCCAGAGAUGCAGAUAGAACGACCCGUGCCGAUAUCUCCUCCUCGGUCUAUGCGCCAGCCACCUAUGGUCACGGUAGAGGAAGCUACUGCCGACGGCCAUUCGGAAGCAUCCCUGACUCCUGUGAAACGCGCUCGUCCCCGGCCCAUGUCUGAACAACUAUUGGGUAAGGCAAGGCCUCAGGCUGUUUGCGAAAGCCAAGAAGGCGAUGGAGUUCUGUCCAUCCUUGACGCCGUGACAAAUGACCUUGCGUCGCUCAUCAACCGGUUGGACCUAGAAGCAACGCCGAGUAGCACCAGCAACAUUUCCCCUCUCAGACAGACUCCACGUGCGAUUGCUGGCGACGAUAGUCCUCUCAGGAAACGAACAAUUCGUGACAGUCCUCUUAAGGCUGAGCUUCGCGAGAGCACAGCAUCCAUCAGCUCGCUCCGCCCAUAUGCUUGUACCCAGGAAACAGCGAACCAGAAAUCUGUUGUUAAGCAAAUGAUCGGCCAGUCGAUUGCCCCUUGGUCUACUUUCGACUGGCAUGUCUCACCUAGGAAGGAGCCUACGAGGACCGUUGCGAAAGCUCGUCCAACACACAAGCGCACGUUGACACCUUCACCCGCCGUUGAGCCUCCGGUGUUCCAGCCGCUGCGACCUGCGAAGGUGAAGACCACGAACGCGCUUGUCACAUCUCCGUCUCCAGUGGCUACGACGCCUCUUCUCAACUGCGCUGAGCCCGGGGAGCCGUCGUCUGGAACCUUUGGGCUGAGGUCGUCCAAGCACAAGUUGAGAGCAUCCGUGGAUAGUCCAACUGCCUCGCCGACGCCCGUGUUUAAGCGAACCACUGGAUUGCACAGGAAGUCGUCUUCUCUGCUUGCCGUCAAGAGCAAACAGAGUCACCACGGCCUUGGGAACUCCGGCAUUCCUAUCUCACCUGAAGCCAGGAUGGGCUUGGGUCUGGCGGGAACUAUGGGGGGAUCUGGGUCUACUGAACCUCCCGUUGACCCAGAGGAUCCGGACUCCGAUAUUCCCGACGAACUACAGGUCAUCUUGUCCGGACAAUCUGACGAAGAGGGUGAGCGCUGUCUGGACGACACGUUGUCUUUCCGCCGUGUCUCUUGCCCAACUUCCCCGCGCGAGGUGCCGCUUCCUUUGCCCGAGGUUCCCCAGCUAUCAGAAUCGGUCGAGACUGUCGAGGCGGUCGAGGUGGUCGCCGAUGCACCUGUCUUCUGCGCACAACUGCUCGAUGAGGACGCGAACGAAGCAGACAUCGACGAUGGCGGCAAUGGUUCGUCAGAGGAUGACACAAACAAAUCUUUCGAUUUCACUGGUGAGUUGCAGAAGCUGAACGAGUCCGGUGGAUCGGACAGGCGCAGUUUCGUGGAGCAGCUGGAAAAUGCAUUCCGAACUCCCGCUAGAAUCGAGCUCGGCUACGGCCUUGGCGAGCAUUUGGGUCUGAACCACAACUUCCUGGCUGUACCGCCUGUACCAGCAUUGCCAUCUGCCUUCCGUCACAGUCCUGCAGAAGAUGUUGCUCCCCGAAGUGUUUCUCAGCCGGGGGUCGAACUCUCUCUCGACGAAGAAGUUCCUGGCGGCCUCGCAUACGGAGAUUCAAUGGUAUCCGCAGAGGCUCAGUUCUCCAUAGACCAUGCCGAGGAUCACUGCAGAGCGUAUCCAGAGCUGAGGAAGUCCAUUUCUAUGCGCUCCAAGGCAUCUGAUGGACAGCUCAAUGUUGAUUUCAAGUUUGGUGGCAAGCCUGAUAUUCCAGACACACUUGAAGAGAGAUCUGAGAGGCCGUUGACCCUGUCGGACAUCAUCCCUCCCCCGGAGGUAGCUUACUGUCUCUCACAGACUUCGCUCAUCGAAGAAGACAGUUCAGUGCUCAAGUCAAUCAUGGCCCAAGCCUCAGAUUUGCCGCCUCCCGUGCCGCGCCCUGUUCCCCGUAUGCGACUGGAUUCGGAUUCCAGCUCCAAGCGCCAUGCACGAGAUGCUGUUCUUGUCUCCAGAUCUGCCGACUCUCAGCCUGCUCACUCGAGAAACCCUUCUGACGCUAGCUUUGUUGGCUUUGAUUCCUUUGAUGAGAUUAGGCGCGGCUUCGAAUUUGGUCCCGAUCGACCAACAUUCUAUCCUCCUCCUGGUGCAGUGUCUCGACCUACGCAUGGCAGAGGCGAGUCAGUGUUCAGUAUCGCGUCUGUCUCGUCGUACGGUGCAGCCCUCAACUCUGGUGCAUUGGAUCCUUUCGGUUUCGGCCCCAGCCGACCCCCAUCCGAAGUGUCUAUGUCUGUUUCGAUGUCCAUGUCUGUCGAUGACACCUUCUCUUUCAUGCACAGAGGUCGCAACCGCCCACGGGUGGACAGCGAUGCUUCGAGUUUCUACUUCCACGCCCCUGGUCCCGCUCAAGCAUCUCUUCCCUGCCGGCGUGGGCAUCGUCGUCACGAAUCCGCGUUGUCUGUGGCCUCAAAUGCCCCACCGGUAAGCCUGUACAAUCGCAGUUUCGGCGUGCACAAGCGGAACGACUCCAACACUAGUGCCAGCUCCAUGGCACAGUCUUACGCCGUCCACGGGGCUAAUGGAGGACGGGCUGCAUGGGCUCGGCACCAUCGUCAAGACGCUUCGGUCGACUCACAGUUCAGUGACUUCUCGGCACAACGCCUAGGUCGUCCGGGUUUGGGUGACAAGAUGUUUGACAACGACUACGGUAUGCCUCUGUCAGCAAUCUCUGCUUCGCCACCUGGAAGUGUUGCCGAGGAUAAGCUUUCCAGACGUGCGUCUUGGGAUUCGGUAUUGGAUGGCGGUAAGCGAUCUUCCAUGGAUGACUCGCUCUUCGAGAAAGUCGAGGACAGGACGUCCAUGUCCUCUGAUUCAGUGUUUGGCUACGACGGUCGUUAUGCCUACGCAAGAGAGUUGCCACUCAGUCAGUUCCGUCCAUUGUCAGUGAUGAGUGAGGUGAGCACACACAGCCCGCGCAAGGAAGAUGAUACUAUGGUCACUAUGUUGGACGGUGAUCAUAUUCGUCGUCGAUCGCUUUCCUCAAUGAUCGAAGCAUCUCCUUGCACCCGAGUGGAGAGGAGGAAACCUGCCGUUGGCCACGUUCGUCCAGCUGCCCCCUUGUUCGAACCCAUUGAGUCUCCUCUGGUUGAUUCGCCUAAAGUCAGGCUGGCGGAGAAACCAUCUAUAGCAUCUACGUCGUCAUAUCAGUUCGGCGGGGAGCGCAUGAUUAUGGCUCGUAAGGGGCUCUUGGAAAGACAGAGCCUCGAAGACAGCGCUCUAAUCGCUCAAGGAGAGGAUCUGCUGGAAUCAUUGCGCUCUCGGAGUAUGUUCAGUCGCCCUGACCCUGCUUCCCGGUCUCGCUCAAGCACCUGCACUUCCUCAGGUGCCGAGACGCCUCCACUGUCCCUCUCAGACGGCUCUUCUCAGUCCAGCGGAUCACAAUCUAGCAUCGAUCUCAGCCAUUUGAGCACCCUUCUUUCCACUGCCACCCAUCCGAGCAGUGGCGUCGCGAGGGUCAGGGCUCGAGCUAGGGCGCGCGGCACCGGUCAUCGUCGUCGGAUUUCACAAGCACGAGCUUCCCGAUCAUCGGUCUACGAGACUAUCCUGGAAGAGGCAUCGGUGGCAGGAUCUCCCUCGCCUGCCAAGUCUCUCGCUCUUUCAAGUAUUAUGAGCAUGUCUCCUGGCCCCGUAGGUGACUCGAUCAUUGUCGUUGAUGGUGACAACGAUUCCAUCAGCAAGUGGGACGAUGAACGCGGCAUCGUGACAUUACGAAAGUACUAUGCUCUCAGAGACGAGGCUCAUGACACAGUCACAGAGAGCAAGCGAACCUGGUCGGAUACUCCGUUUUCAGUCUUCGCGGUGCAAUCUUUCCGGCCUCCCAACAAUCGAGGAGGCAUGCAAGCGAUGUUGGAACAUUCCCAGAAGAACUAUGGAUCGCUUCCGUCUGAGCUUCGGCUACACCGCAUUCGAUCGCGUACAUCUUCGAGAGCAUCACCUUAUCCCCUUCGUAGUGUUCGCUCUUCCGUGUCACCUUCCAUGUCACCGGAACAGUCCUGGCCAUCGAGUGCGGAGCUCCAUGUUGAGCUUAGUGCCCCCAAGGAACUCCUGCCUCCCGUGCCACCAGUGCCGUCGGUGCUCCGGGAAGUGCACGUCGAUGCCAAUACGAUGUCCCCGCCUCCCGCCAUUCAACCUCCAAAGCCGUUCACGCCCUUUGCAAUUGACUUCGACACAUCGAAGAUGGGCAAGAGCAAUCUUGGUCUUCCUGCUCAUCCACGGCCGAGAGUCACCUCAAGUGCUCGUCGAACGGCUCUAGGUUGGUCCAAGCGCAGCACAGGGAAGUCCAGUUCCAACGACCAGAAGGAGAACAUCAGUCAAUCAAUGGUGAUCACUCCGUCUGAGACGUUGAGAAUCAAUCGUCCUAGGCCCCGCGGCAGACCCAUGUCUGCUCGUGUCCCAGUACCUACGGCAUAA